AUGACAGCAGCUGUGGAAGCAUCAGGCGAUACGCUAGAUUCUGAAGAAUACAAGGAUCGACCGCUACAAACUUAUUACUGUUUGUGCGGUCAGAUGGCGUUGAUUUUAGACUGCCCUCUGAAUAAGCUUCCAGUGCGACGUAAAGACCGAAGUCUGGUAAUCGACAGCGAGAAACAUGUUAACAAGAUCAUUUGCGAUCCUUUGGAGACGGUUUACCUUCGAUGGCUGGAGGGUAUCGAGCAGCAGUAUCGUAAAAAGUGCAAGAAAUGUGGUCUCUUUCUCUUCUAUCAGCACUCGGGCAACAUGAAAGUCACGUUUAUUGUUGACGGCGCACUGGUGUCGGCGAAACAACUGGGCGGUGUGAAUUGCCGCAAGGAGGAAUCUGUGACUGCUUCCGACGAAACUUCAAAAAAGGUAACGUCUGCUAGGCGUGCUUAUGAAGUAGAUAACAAUAAGAUGCGAUCAAGAAAGUGAUG